AAAGAUCAGCAAAAAAUCCCAUCUUUUUGUUUCAUCAUCAUUAUUGAAUGAGAUUCAUUCUUCUUCUUCUUGGAUCAUCGACAGCUAUGGCGGACACUUCCAAUCCACUACCCUCAUCGGCUUCAGAAGAAGCAACCGUUCACAUCAUCUACACCCAAAAGCCUUCCGAUCAGGACCCCGAUUCCUUCCACAUCUCCACCCUCGCUUCCGUUCUCGGCAGUGAGGAGGCAGCGAAGGAGGCAAUGCUGUACAGUUACAAGCAUGCUGCUAGUGGCUUCUCUGCCAAACUCACUCCAGAGCAGGUCUCCCAAAUGUCAAAGCUACCUGGUGUUCUUCAGGUUGUUCCAAGCACGACCGUUCAGCUGCAUUCUGGAACUGGAAAGUUGCAUGUCUAACACUCAUGAAGUUCUAUAACCACUGGAUCCUCUUGUCAUGGCCAUACAUACUACAACUUAAUAACUGUUGAUCAAAAGAUGAUAUUUCAUUUACAUGAUGCAGACUUAUUCCUGGUUAUUAGUAAAUCUUGGAUAUAAUGUAUAUACUGGUUCUCCCUGA